AUGACGGCCCCUCUGCGCAAUACCCAGCACGCCUCCGCCAUUGCUGCCAUCCAGGCCUCCCAAAGCACCGCGCCUGUCGCCGAGUUCCGCUGUCUCUUCACCCACGAUGUCCGCCGCAAGCAGAAGCGCUGGCAGGAUGGCUUCCUCAAGUUCCACACCUUCAACAACCGCGUCAUGGUCUAUGAUCACGCCCGCAACUUCCUCGGUGACACCUACUACAAGGACAGCGACGAGCUGCACGAGGGCGACGAGCUGAACCUGAACAAUGGCGCUCUUGUCGAGGUGUCGGAGCCUGUGGGCAUCACGCAUACAGACCUGGCCGCUGUUUUGGGCAGGAAGGCCAAGGACCUGCCACCAGCUCAGAACCCGCCUUCCCAGACAAAGCCCUACCAACGCCCAUCGUCAGUGGCGCCGCCAACCGCGCAGAAGGCCGCCUCGCAACUGCGCCACAAAUCCCUCAAUACGCUGCUUGGGACGCCAAAGGGACCCAUUGGCAAGGCACAGCCCAUAAAGUCACCAUACGAGGCUCGCAAGGAAAAGGAAAAGGAAAAAGAAAACGAGUUGGCUGGGGAGCGGGCUGCAAAGAGACAGAAGACAAGUCAGGCGCCCGCAAGCUGGAGAGCGUCUAGCCCCGCACAAGAAGAGAAUGUCGAGCCAAAAGAACCAUCGCCGAGACCGACAAAGGCUGUGGCCGCACGCAAAGCUCGACAGCCAGCAAAAUUCAUACCCCCGACAGCUACCGUCAUCACAAUAGAGGACGAGCCCGAGCCUGAGCCCGAGCCUCACCCGGCCAUGUUCUCCGAUAUCACACUACCGGGUACGCCACCUCGAGUCGCUGGUAAGAUAGAAGAGCUCCAGGCUGCUAAAACAAUUGUGCCUCGUCAACCCCCCGUACAAACUCCAAGAAUUCCAAAAGGCAGAGUACCUUUACCUGGUGUGCGGGCUCUGGAGACACCCAGGCAGCCAGCUCCGCCUUCCUCGCCCCCAGUAAGCGCCUCAAAUCGCUUGUCCAACAUCGAGUUUGCAUUGCAACCGGUUCAAGUACCAUCCAAAGAACCGUCCCCACCACGAGCGCCCUCCUCGCCUCCGGCUCGCAAGGCCCGAUGCCUUAGGCUGUCCACUGGAGUAAAGCGUGGGAAGUUAUUGUGCCAGCCUCUACCACCAGAAAGCGCAAAAGACGAUUCCAUCUCUGCCAAACGGUCACCAAGGAACAAGCGAGUUCUGACAAAUGCGGAACAUGGUGCGGCAAAGAGAGCAAGAGUGUCCAGAUCUCCAUCCUUUCCGUCGCCCAGUCUCCAUGAAGAUCCAGAAGUCAUCCAUGGCCUUAUGGAUCAGCAGUUGUUAGUUACUUCAUCGCCCAUACAUCCUGACUCAGCAUCUUCACGUGCUGUCGACGGUAUCUCAAAAUCUAAACAUACUGUAGGGGCAAUGGUCAGUGACAUGGCCGUUCAAACAAACACGGUUCAGCCUAUGACUACCAAAUCGAAAGCGUCGUCAACUAAUGAAACAACUGGAAGAAGACCUACGAGAAAGGCAGAAAAGCCCAAGGCGGCACCAAGGGCUCCAUCUCCUGUACUACGGGACCCAGGGAUACCGACAUCGAGAGACGUGUCUCCAGCACAUACGGAAGUCUCCGACGCACAAUCACGAACCUCGGCAAUAUCUUCUCGCAAAGUAUCACUCUCCACGGGCGGCAUACUCAAGAAGGCUGCUACUCGUACCAAAAAGCAAUCAGCCUUGACAGAUUCCAAGCAAAAUGCUCCGACGCUACCACCUCAAAGUGAGCCCGUGUCGCUCUCACCACGUCCCUCACGAGCCAACAAAAAAGCGCCUUUGAUGAGUACCACUGAACUCGCUGGACUCCUUCAAAAGCCCAAGAACCUCGCCAAAGCACUCGCAGAUCCUAUUGAGGAUGGUGGAGAAACGAAUCAUGAAGGCAAGUCGCCGAACCGUACCUUUCGACGCGUUCGAAGUGAGAACGAUGCACCAAUUCCUAGUAUUUCGGAAGAAUGGGAAAGGCUCAACUUGCCCAAGCCCAGCAGCCCCGCUACAGAUACUGUCAAUGAGCCGACAAUGGCGAGUACAGUUGCCGUAGAGAAAAAAAAGAAGAAGGACAGCGGGCUAGGCACGCUUAUCAAGAAGACGGAUCCCCGGCGCAAGUUCAAGAGAACGCAGAGUUUGCAGGUAGAUACACAUGUGGCGCCGCCAGCGGCUGAGGAAGAAGUCGACUUGCCGAGCCCUGUUAUGGAUCUGGAUGUUGGACCCUGGAGCACAGAAGCAGGCGAUCUUUUUGACUGGAGACCGCCGGGGAGGCUGUGA